ACUCUCCUAAACAGUCAAACGCUAAUCCCAGUCUCUCUCUAAAAACCGCUUUUCCCCCUCUCUCUCUCUAACAACCCCUCUCUCUCUCUCUCUCUCUCUCUCUCUCUCUCUCUCUCUCUCUCUCUCUCUCAAAGUAGAAAAUGUCGGACGCCUUUUGCAGCGAUUGCAAGCGAGAGACGGAGGUAGUUUUCGAUCACUCAGCCGGCGACACCGUAUGCUCAGAGUGCGGUCUCGUACUCGAAUCCCACUCCAUCGACGAAACUUCCGAGUGGCGUACCUUCGCCAACGAGUCCAACGACAACGACCCCGUCCGUGUUGGAGGUCCAUCGAAUCCUCUCCUAACCGACGGCGGUCUCUCCACCGUCAUCGCCAAACCUAACGGCUCUUCCGGCGAGUUCCUCUCUUCUUCUCUCGGUCGCUGGCAGAAUCGCGGCUCUAACCCUGACCGCGGACUUAUUCUUGCUUUCAAAACUAUUGCCACCAUGUCCGAAAGGUUGGGACUUGUUGCAACCAUCAAGGAUCGGGCAAAUGAGAUAUACAAGAGGGUUGAAGACCAAAAGUCUAGUCGAGGAAGAAAUCAAGAUGCUUUGUUGGCUGCUUGUAUCUACAUUGCGUGCCGACAAGAAGACAUACCACGAACUGUAAAGGAAAUUUGCUCUGUUGCAAAUGGGGCGUCAAAGAAGGAAAUUGGCCGAGCAAAAGAGUACAUAGUGAAGCAACUUGGUUUGGAGAAGGGUCAGACUGUGGAGAUGGGCACAAUACAUGCUGGCGACUUUAUGAGGAGAUUCUGUUCAAAUCUUGGUAUGAAUAAUCAAGCUGUUAAGGCUGCUCAGGAAGCUGUUAAGAAAUCAGAAGAAUUUGAUAUAAGGAGGAGUCCUAUAUCAAUUGCUGCUGCAGUUAUAUACAUCAUAACUCAGCUUUCUGAUGAUAAAAAACCUCUCAAAGAUAUAUCAAUUGCCACCGGAGUUGCAGAAGGAACUAUUAGGAACUCCUACAAGGAUCUUUAUCCCCAUGUUUCAAAAAUAAUACCAAAUUGGUAUGCAAAGGAGGAGGAUUUGAAAAACCUUUCUAGCCCUUGAAUUGUUGAGAAAAAUCAUCCCAAUCUGUGUCAUUAAAUCUGUGGACUUACUGAACUGUUAAUUACAUUGAGCUAGGCACACCAUAUAAUGAAUGAAUUCUCGACUUACAUGGA